UUUCUGCUAGACACUUCUGUUACUUAUUGAAUACAGAACUGUAAAAAAUAUUCUGUCAGGUGUGUUUGAGUAUGUCCAGCUAAAUUUUGUAUAUUAUUUACAAUGUAGGAAAAUGUAGCAAUAAUAGAAUUUUAAGCAUAAUUUUAGAACAUGAGAAGUUUCAAAUAGGUUAGAAACAUUAAAAAUUUGAAACUUGAAUGUUUCAAACAAAAAAAGAAUGAUAUUUUAAAACAAAAUGGUAAUGCAAAAGUGUAAAACAUUUACUUAUGUAAGAGAAUAAUACUAUAGUAUUAUGUUAUAUUAAUAUAAAAUUUCCAAAAUGAUGCAUUAUACACCUUGGAUCCAUCAUCAAGCGAUGUUGGAUAAUCAUCAGUGUUAUACACCAUAUAUGACUGCUGCGCCAUCCUAUUCACAUAAUAAUCAUGAGCAACAGCAUAUUACAGAAGAAGAGAGUGAACAAACUGGAGAUGAAACUCAUGAUACUAUGACUUCCGCUACAUCAGGAGAGCGAAGUUCUAGUGCUGAUAUAUUCAGAUUAGAAUUUGCAGCAGCUCAAUGGUCUAAACUAGUCUCAAAUGCAGAAGGCCUUUUUACUAAGCUUAUGACAAGUAAUAUUUUACCUCAUACAGAACAAGAUCAAAUUGAACAAUGGCUCUGUAUGAAACAAGAAUAUGAAGAAUGCAUUGGUAGUGAUGAUAAUGGUAGCUUGCAUGGUUACACUGAAAAUGCAAGAAGAUCAUUGGAAAGAAUAGAAGAAGUAACUGAAACUGAUGAAAAAACAGACGAAUCUAUUCAUCAAAUGGAAAGAAAGAUCGAUAUAAAUUGUUCAUCUUGUUCAGAGAGCGAAUUAUCUGAAACUAAUGAUGACGAUGAUGAAGAGGAGGAAGAGCACAGUGAUGUUAGUUCAGAAAAUCCAGAUUUUUUAGAAAAACUAGAUGAAUGUAUGAAUAAACUUAAGAUAGAAACGGAUAAAAUAGUAGAUUCUAAAAGAGAUGAAUUCAGAGAAACAAAUAUAAAGAUUAUGCCAUCCAUAACAAAAUCUAUAAAUAGUAACAAUAAUUAUGUCCCUAUAGCUAAACCUAUUCCGCUUAGAAAUCCAAAUUCCAGGAGGAAUUCAAUGCUUCCUGGUUCUGAAAUGUGUAAUGAAGUAUUAGCCUUUAACGACAGCCUCAAACCUAACCAAAAUCAAAUGUUAGAUAAUAAAACAUUAACGUUUACUAGUAUAAAAACCUUAGACAAUCGUAAGCCUGAAACAAUCAUCAAUGAAAACAUUGCAGUUCAUAAUGACAAUUCACCAGAUUUAUUAAUUGAUGCAUUGAAAACAACAGAAGUACCAGAACCUAUAAAAGAACUGAAAACUUUGACAUUAAAUAAUGAAGCAAAACAGACUCAAGUGAAAAAGAUUCAAUCAGAUUUAGAUGGAGCUCACAAACGUAUAGAAGAGCUACAAAUGACUAUUAAAAUCAAAGAAAAAUUCAUUGCAGAUAUGAUAAAAAAUUCAGAUGCACGUGCUAGCGCAAAACAAAAAUUUCAGCGCAAAUGGAGUAAAUUAGAAGAAGAAUACUAUAAUACAAGAAGUCAAUUGGCUCAAGCGGAAAACGCUUCCAUCUAUAAAGAUUUAGAAGAAAAAUCUGUACACAAAAAGGAAAUUGAAUUAUAUAAAAACAUGGCUAUCCAUUAUGAGAAAAGAUUAAUGGAUAUUGAAAUGAUAAAACAAAUUGCAGGGGAUUCUGCUAAGAAAGUGUUAGAACUUGAGAGUUCUUUAAACACUUCUAAAAAACAAAUGGAGAAAUUGAAAAAACAAUUGAAAAAAGAGGAGGAACGUAAAAAACAAUUAGAAGAGGAAUUAGCAGAGGAUCAGAAAAAGAUUCGUGAUCUUGAGGAGAAGUAUAAUUUAACUGCUUCUAAACUGAAAGAGAUGCAGUCAGAAAGUGAGGAUGAAAAAAAUAAUAGUAAAUCAAAAACCGAUUACUCUGAUAAGAAAAAAAAUUUACUAGAUGUAAGUGCAAGAAUAUCACAUCUUGAUCACGUUUUAAAAGAAAAGUCCAUGGAUUUGGAGAGAACAGCAGACAUAGACGAAAAAGAAGCUCUGCGUCAUGAAAUUCGAAACUUGAGACGCACUCGAGAUUGUUUGGUAGAUGAAAAAUGCGAUCUAGAUGAAAAGUUCCAAAAGGAGAAAACAUUAUCUACUGUAGAAGAGCGAAAAUUAUUAGAAUGUGGAGAAACUAUUGAGGCGAUUGAUGCUAUGAUUGAACAUAAAAAUGAGAUGAUCUGUGGACGAAAGGGAUUCGAUGAAAAUCAAUCGCAACGUGAGAAAGGGGAAAGAAUGUUAAUGGAAAGAUUAUCAAAACUCUCAGACGGCGAAAUGAGGACAUUAUUCUAUAAGUAUUUUUUAAAAGUAAUUGAUUUAAAAGAAAGUUCAAAAAAUCUGGAAGUUCAAACAGCUGAAUUAGAAAGUCAUAUAGAGACUCAAGAAUGGCAGAUACAGACAUUGACAAAUGCCCUAAAACAGACCAAAUUAGAAGCAGAGAGAAGAAUAGUCCUUAUGCAAAGAGAACACGAGGAGAAAUUGCACCUCAUGUUCAGACAUUUUGCGGAAGAAACUAGUAGUUCCGGUCAUGAAAGACUGGAUAAAGAUUCUGAACUUGCGAAAUAUAAGCGUGAAAAUAGAGCUUUGAGGAAACGAUUAGCGGAUGUCGAAGCUCUUUUGAAAGUUGCAACACCGCCACGUGCAGCUAGUCCAGCAAAGAUGUCGCAGCAAGAUUUAAAACAAAUUGCACCGAAUAGUCGACCGACAACCAAAGUAACUAGGCAGCGGAAUAAAUUGAUAAUACAAAAAACUACCGACUGCGAUAAAAAAAAGAAAUGAAUUUUUCUAAGAAAAAUAGUUCUUUCUAUAUUCUUUCACGGUUAGCAUUUAUUUCUUACUCAAUGUUGUUUAUCUUUUGUACAGUAUUUAGCUAUUAUGUAACUUAAUUGAACAUACAACUUUUUUAAACAUAUAUUUUUUAUCAUUUAAAAAUGCACUCAAAUAUUUGUAUUUUAUAUCACGAAUAAUCAUUUACAGAUUUUUAAAAAGAAAAUUCCACAAUAUCAAUAACUUAAUCAAAAUAAGACAGUGAAUGCGCAUAAUUUCAUGCGUAUAGUUUGCAUGUUUUCUUAAUCUUCCCCUCGUUCAAUUAGUAAUCAAUAUUCAUUAUAUAAUCAUAAAAUAAAUUCAAGUUAUGGCAUACUCAUUAAAUCAAGGAUAUUGAACUUCAAUCAAAAUAGCAUUUGCAUGUUUCCCAGAUCUCAAUAAAGAAGAUAAGUAUUGCAUUUAAAUAUGAUAAAUACAAUAGUAUUUAUGUUCUUAAAAAAAUAAAAUCCGAAUUAUUAAUAAAAAUUACAAUACUUAUUGUAUUAAAUAUAGCAUAAAUAUUUGACACUACAUCAUUUUAUGUAAUGUUAGUAGUUUCGUUUAUUAUAAUAUCGAUAAAUGCAUUUCACACUUAAUAGUGUAAAAAUAGACAUGAUACUAAAUAAUUUAUAUAAGAUUACACUCAUUGACUUCCAAUACAUUAUUUAUUGAAAUUUUGUAAAUAUAUUGAUAAUUAAAUACAACAUUCAGCCCUUUGGGCCUCUACGAAAAUAUCAAUGAAUAAUUUGUUUCUAAUACGUUAUAAAAUCACGAAGUUUCCAUAAAGAUAUAUGCAAGUAAUUAUAAGGGCCAAAAGGAUUAAUAUCCUUUACACUUUCACAAAAUGAAUGCAGUGAAUAAAUAAUCGACUAUU